UUCUUCAUUAUCAUUCUCGCUCUCUCUCUCUCUUCCUUCCCUUUUUCUUCAGUUCUUUCUCUCCUCCCUCCCAAAUUCAACACUUCUCCGUCAACAGAAUCCCGCAAUUUUUCCAUUUUUCUCCCACUUUCUAACGGAUCUCUUUACAACUAUCUCCCUUAAAUCCAUCCUUCGUCGCUUGUUUUCUCCCAUUUUGGUCCUUUUCUAGGGUUUAUCCCCAUAGAUCUAGCUCUAUUUUACUCCAAUUCCACUCCUCCACUGCCUACUAUGCUCAUUUUUAGCUCUCUAUGUGUGCAAUUUACUGUUAGAGAGUUUGUUUAGGGUUUGCUCACGUUGGCAGGGAGUGUCAGAGACUACACUGUAACUUCUCUGUUUGUGUUUUUGACUGGUAAUGGCUGCUUUGCAGCGAGUGGCGUCUAGCGUGAGCGCGACUGCCAGUAAUUAUGGUUCUUGUAAAGGUGCUGCUGCCGAUGCGGUGGUGUCUGAUCAGUUUCCGGCAGGCUUGCGUGUUUUGGUAGUGGAUGAUGACAUUACUUGCUUGAGGAUUCUUGAGCAGAUGCUUCGCCGUUGCCUUUAUCUUGUUACGACUUGUUCCCAGGCCAAAGUAGCUUUGAAUCUUCUUAGGGAAAGGAAAGGCUGUUUUGAUGUGGUACUAAGUGACGUUCAUAUGCCUGAUAUGGAUGGAUUUAAACUUCUUGAGCAUGUUGGCUUAGAAAUGGACCUUCCUGUUAUUAUGAUGUCUGCUGACGGAAGAACAAGUGCUGUAAUGAGGGGGAUUAGACAUGGAGCUUGUGAUUAUUUGAUUAAACCGAUACGUGAAGAAGAGCUUAAGAAUAUAUGGCAGCAUGUUGUUAGGAAAAAGUGGAAUGAAAAUAAAGAACUUGAACAUUCUGGAAGCUUGGAAGAUAGUGAUCGGAAUAAACGGGGAAAUGAUGAUGCUGAAUAUACUUCUUCUGUCAAUGAGGGAACAGAAGGAGUUCUGAAAGGUCACAAAAAGAGGAGCAAUUCCAAAGAUGAAGAUGAUGGUGAACCAGAAAAUGACGAUCCCUCUACAUCAAAGAAACCACGUGUUGUAUGGUCUGUGGAGCUUCAUCAACAAUUUGUCAGUGCUGUAAACCAGCUUGGAAUUGACAAGGCUGUACCUAAGAGAAUUCUAGAAUUGAUGAAUGUACCUGGUUUAACCAGGGAAAAUGUUGCAAGUCAUUUGCAGAAGUUUAGGCUAUAUCUGAAGAGAUUAAGUGGGGUCUCUCAACAAGGCGGGAUUUCUAAUGCAUUCUGUGGCCCCUUGGACUCAAAUGUAAAACUUAAUGCACUUGGAAGAUUUGACAUUCAGGCUUUGGCUGCCUCAGGUCAGAUUCCUCCACAAACAUUGGCAGCACUGCAUGCAGAGCUUCUUGGUCGACCAGCAGGUAGCCUAGUUACAACAGUGGACCAACCAGCUCUUUUACAAGCAUCCAUACAGGGUCCCAAGUGUAUUCCUGUUGAACAUGGUGUGGCAUUUGGUCAGCCAUUGGUAAAAUGCCAAUCCAAUAUUUCGAAACCUUUCCCACAAAAUAUGGUAUCUGUUGAAGAAGUUGCUUCAAAGUUUGGAGCCUGGCCUUCUAAUAGCCUUGGCAUUGUGGGGCCUAAUACCAAUCUUGGAGGUAUGGGUUCUCAAAAUGGUAACAUGUUGAUGGAUAUAUUACAUCAGCAGCAGCAGCAGCAGCAACAUCAUCAACAACCACAGCAGUCUUCUCUAUCAGAGCCCGGCCUUUCAAUUAAUGUGCAGCCAUCUUGCCUUGUGGUCCCUUCUCAGUCAUCAGCCAGUUUUCAGGCAGGAAAUAGUCCUGCUUCAGUCAAUCAGAGUUGCAACUUUAACAGGAAUGCUGUCAUUGAUUACAGCCUUCUAUCAUCCCAGUCAAAUAAUUCAUCAUUGAAUAUUGGGCACGUUCCAGAUGGGAAUUUAAAAACUACAGUUGUUGUUAGUGGGUACUCAGUCCCUGGUACCAUAUCUCCUUCUGCAUCAUCAUCUUCUGUCAAUGCUGACAGUGGCAUCAAUCGUCAAUUUCAAAAUUCGACUAUUACCUUUGGAGCUGCUAGACAUUUACCAGGGCUUGCUUCUAAUAUUUGUGACGUCCAGGGUUCUUAUGGUGCUAAGUCAGGUGAAGUUCUUGAUCAAGGACCACUUAGGUACCUUGGAUUUGUUGGUAAAGGGACUUUCCUUCCUAGCCAGUUUUCAGUGGAUGAAUUUACAGCACCAAUUAGCAACUUGAGCCAAGGAAAAACUUAUGUAGAGAACAAUGGCAGUAAAGUGAAGCAGGAGCCAAAUAUGGAAUUCACAGAUGAUGCAAGAGUGGGGGUCUCAGUAUUGCGGCAAUUUCCUCCAAAUGAUCUCAUGAGUGUUUUCACAGAAUAGGCCUUAUUUGUGUGGUUGGGGCAAUUUGUUAAUUUUCAUGGAAGCACAGAUUAUUUGGUAUCAGAAGGGAUUCAUGUCGAAGUCCAUCAUUUAUUAUCGGCUUUAUUUACGGUGCCUGCACUGUUCUCAGGCGAACUAUGGAGCCUCCUCAGUAUUUACAGCAUUGAAAAGAAAAAUUGUGCCUUUUGUGUAAUUUCCAUUGAAAGUGCUGGGGCGAAGCUCUACAUGCAUCAAGUAGUAUUUCCUUUUCGUUAAGUCCGUAGGAAAAAUAAGUUGUGUUAGAUUCCAACAGCUUGAAAUGAAGUCCCACGUGAUGGCAUCUUGCUAUCUUAGUUGUGUAGUUAUUUGGGUACGAUGAUGGAAAUGCUAAUUCGUUUAUAUUAUGCAAUUCGUUCAGGAA